UUCUGGUCAGAAAGGAGCCUUCAACCAACAACACAGAUAUACAGGAUGUUGUGGCAGCUUACAAUGAUAUUGUUGGCCCUGGGAUUUGUAAAUUUAGAACAUUCCUCAAGGACAGAAAGAGAAGUAAAUCUGGAAUCAUUCAUGAAUAUUAGUGAGAUCAUACAGUAUGAACACUAUUCUAAUGAAGAGUAUGAAGUCCUUACAGAUGAUGGCUACUAUCUUACAGUCAAUCGAAUUCCUUGUGGAAGAGAAAAUUCAGAGAGCACAGGUCCAAAGCCUGCUGUCUUAGUGGUGCCUGGCAUACUGUCAAGUAGUGCAUCUUGGAUAACUAACAUGCCCAACAACAGCCUAGGCUUUGUGCUGGCAGAUGCUGGUUUUGAUGUUUGGUUGGCAAACAACAGAGGCAGCAGGUGGUGUAGAAGACACCAAAAUUUUUCAUUGGAUCAAGAGGAAUUCUGGGAUUUCAGUUUUCAUGAAAUGGGAAUGAAUGAUUUGCCAGCUAUUAUAAAUUUUAUUCUCGCUAAAACCGGACAGGAACAAAUCUUUUACAUAGGCUAUUCCCAGAGUGCUACCAUAGCUUUCAUUGCAUUUUCAGCCAUGCCCCAAUUGGCUCAGAAAAUCAAAAUAUUUUUUGCACUUGGUCCUGUGUAUUUGUUGAACAAUAACAAAUCCCCAUUUGGUAAAUUAGCAUUUAUGCCUGCCAUUCUUGUGAAGGCUCUGCUGGGUAAGAAAGAAUACUGUGUCCUGCCAACUAAAGGUUUGAGAGAAUUUGUUAUCAAGUUGUGCAACAAGGGCUUCUGGGAUAAAAUUUGUUCUAAAGUUCUUUUCAUGGCUGGCGGAAUUGGUGCAAAUAAUGUAAAUGUGAGUCGAAUGGAUAUCUAUGCAGCACAUUUACCAGACUGUACCUCACUGAAAAAUGUCCUGCACUGGUCACAGGUAAUUCAAAGUGAAGCGUUAAAACCUUUUGACUAUGGUUCUAAGAAUAUAGAGAAGUAUAAUCAGACUACUCCUCCCUUAUACAACAUAAAAGAUAUGAAGGUACCAACGAUUGUAUGGAGUGGUGGAAAGGACUUAAUGGCUUCCCCCAAAGAUACUGAAUUUUUACUCUCUGUUCUUCAGAAUGUGAUAUAUUACAAACAAAUUCCUCAUUGGAUGCAUUAUGAUUUCGUAUUUGGCCUUGAUGUACGUCAGCAAGUGUAUGAUGACCUUGUUAAAAUCAUUAAGCACUUUGCUUAAAAUACAGACUUUGUUCCCUUAAAAAUCAUUUUUUGGGAUUAGCAACGAAACUGGCUUUACAGAA